AUGACCAAGCUCCUCGUAAGCACCGCCGGGUUGACCGGCGUCGUCGCGGCCCUCUUCAUCACUUCUCUGGUUUUCAGCAUCCUUACAUGGACACGUGUAAAAAAUGACAACGAUAACCCACCAAGACCUAAGGAGCCACUCAGUCGUCCAGUAGUGCAAUUGUCUUCAUCUAUUCAGACUACCGUAUCCGAAAAUGUAGUGACAGAACCCAUAGUGACUGUGCCGACAGUGUCACGCACCAGAGUUUCGGCAAAAACAAUAUCACCGAGAAGUUCCGCGACAACGUCAACUCGAACGCUUCGAACUCUCACCACACCGAAAUUCGUCGCAACGGAGGCCGCACCGCGACGUAAUCGUACGAUAAUGUGUCCGAACUAUGGAGUUUCAGACAACUCAUACGCAUACCAGGAAGCAGCAUCGUUCAUUCUUAGUGGCCUCGACGAACGUGUCAAUCCGUGCGAAGAUUUCUACGCUUUCACUUGUAACAAGUUUCUAAAAGAUCAUAAGGCUGAAGAACAUGGGGUCAGUCGUUACGGAGCUAUAAAAGAACUUCAAGAUGCAGUGAACACAGAAAUAGUUGACGCCCUCUUCGAUGUGGAUGUGAACGAUAAGAAGCGGUCAGAAACGGAGAGAAUAACGAAAGCGCUUCUCCACGACUGCGUUUACCACAUCUCGCCUAAUGUUCCGACCGAAACAAUCAUUAAUUUCCUUGAAGAAAUUGCAAGAAUGUUUGGAGGUAUACCGUUCCUCAACCACACUCUAAAAGAAGAUUUUGACGUUUUCGCUGCAAUGGGAGAAGUCGAACAAAAUCACGCGAUGGGUACGCUUUUCAGCGCAAUGGUUUCGGUCGACUACAAGAAGAUCAAACAGAAUUCACUGUUCUUAUCACAGCCUCGGCUUCCGAUGCCAAGAGAAUUCUACGUGCUUCCACAGUUUACGAUGAAGCUUAAAAAACGUGGACUUCAAAUUGCUGACGUUUUAAAGAAAUUUGCCGAGAAGAUCUUAGAAGAACCCGAUAAGUAUAGGGAUAUGAUAGAAAAGGCUGCGCAAGAUGUUGUGGAACUAGAGAGGAGGAUCGCUCUGGCGUCUUGGGCAGAUGCCGAAAUGAGAAACUACGCCCAACAGUACAAUCCCUACGAUCUGCCCACUUUGAAAAAAGUGUAUCCAUCUGUCAAAUGGGAGAGCUAUCUACGUAGUCUUUUGUCAACCGUCGGUCCAGUCGAUUUUUCUGGUCCACAUAAACGGCUCAUAAUCUCGCAACCGUCGUAUUUUGGGUGGUUGAAUGCUCUCUUCAAUGGUAACGUUGUUGACGAAAAUACGAUAGUAAACUAUAUAAUCACGCACUUAAUCUUCGAAGAUGCGGAAUUCCUUGGUGGUAUAUUUAAAGAAUCUGCAGAGGAUUUAAAUUACGUCCGGUAUGCGCAAAGAAGUGGCAGAGGAGUUGCCCGAGUUGGAAGGCAACUUAUGCAUCAAAGAGAUACCAGGGGCGACCCGAAUAUCCCGUGCAUGAAUUUCAUCAUGACGUACAUGCCGUAUGGACCUGGUUAUGUCUAUGUAAGAAGCAAACAGCAGAGAAACGAUGUUCAAGCAGACAUUAAGAAACAAACAGAACUCGUCAUCGAGAGCUUUCUGCUACGUUACUGUGAUCUCCAUCUAUUCGAACACUUCAGACGAUAA